AUGGGUCUCCCGGUGAAGAGUGUGAGUGUUGCAGGCCACAGGCUACAGGUUACAGCCUACAGGCUACAGGCUACAGGCCACAGGCUACAGGUUACAGGCUACAGGCUACAGGCCACAGGCUACAGGCCCACAGGCUACAGGCCACAGGCCACAGGCCACAGGCCACAGGCCACAGGCCACAGGCCACAGGCCACAGGCUACAGGCCACAGGCUACAGGCCACAGGCUACAGGCCACAGGCUACAGGCCACAGGCCACAGGCUACAGGCCACAGGCCACAGGCCACAGGCUACAGGCUAUAGGCUACAGGCCACAGGCUACAGGCUACAGGCCACAGGCUACAGGCCCACAGGCUACAGGCCACAGGCUACAGGCCCACAGGCUACAGGCCACAGGCUACAGGUUACAGGCUACAGGCUACAGGCCACAGGCUACAGGUUACAGGCUACAGGCCACAGGCUACAGGCCACAGGCCACAGGCUACAGGCCACAGGCCACAGGCUCCAGGCUCCAGGCUACAGGCUACAGGCUACAGACCACAGGCCACAGGCUACAGGCCACAGGCCCCAGGCUACAGGCUACAGGCUACAGGCCACAGGCCCACAGGCUACAGGCCACAGGCUACAGGUUACAGGCCACAGGCUACAGGUUACAGGCUACAGGCUACAGGCCACAGGCCACAGGCCACAGGCUACAGGCCACAGGCUACAGGCUACAGGCCACAGGCUACAGGUUACAGGUUACAGGUUACAGGCUACAGGCCACAGGCCACAGGCCACAGGCCUUCCAUUCUGCUUCGUGGUCAUCUGGCUCCUGCAGCAGCUGUUUUAGGUUCUCUAUUGGACCAGUUAGGUUCGCUACUGGAGCAGUUAGGUUCUCUAUUGGACCAGUUAGGUUCUCUAUUGGACCAGUUAGGUUCUCUAUUGGACCAGUUAGGUUCGCUACUGGAGCAGUUAGGUUCUCUAUUGGACAGUUAGGUUCUCUAUUGGACCAGUUAGGUUCGCUACUGGAGCAGUUAGGUUCUCUAUUGGAGCAGUUAGGUUCUCUAUUGGACCAGUUAGGUUCGCUACUGGAGCAGUUAGGUUCUCUACUGGAGCAGUUAGGUUCUCUAUUGGAGCAGUUAGGUUCUCUAUUGGACCAGUUAGGUUCUCUAUUGGACCAGUUAGGUACUCUAUUGGACCAGUUAGGUUCUCUAUUGGACCAGUUAGGUUCUCUAUUGGACCAGUUAGGUUCUCUAUUGGACCAGUUAGGUACUCUAUUGGACCAGUUAGGGUCUCUAUUGGACCAGUUAGGUUCUCUAUUGGACCAGUUAGGUACUCUAUUGGACCAGUUAGGGUCUCUAUUGGACCAGUUAGGUACUCUAUUGGACCAGUUAGGUUCUCUAUUGGACCAGUUAGGUACUCUAUUGGACCAGUUAGGUUCUCUAUUGGACCAGUUAGGUACUCUAUUGGACCAGUUAGGUUCUCUAUUGGACCAGUUAGGUACUCUAUUGGACCAGUUAGGUUCUCUAUUGGACCAGUUAGGUACUCUAUUGGACCAGUUAGGUUCUCUAUUGGACCAGUUAGGUACUCUAUUGGACCAGUUAGGUUCUCUAUUGGACCAGUUAGGUUCUCUAUUGGACCAGUUAGGUACUCUAUUGGACCAGUUAGGGUCUCUAUUGGACCAGUUAGGUUCUCUAUUGGACCAGUUAGGUACUCUAUUGGACCAGUUAGGGUCUCUAUUGGACCAGUUAGGUACUCUAUUGGACCAGUUAGGUUCUCUAUUGGACCAGUUAGGUACUCUAUUGGACCAGUUAGGGUCUCUACUGGAGCAGUAG